AUGAGUUACGCGCUGCCGACGAGGAGAAGAAGGAAGAAGCAAAUGAGGAGAUUCAGGCCGCCUAUGCUCAACUGAGUUGAGAUGUGACAGGUCAUCUUUGGAGUCGAGCGAGAGGCGUGCUGCACACAAUGAGCUACGAGUGGAGCAGCCUCGCCCUCUGCGGGAGCUUCGUCCUCUGUACAGCUGCGCUGUGGUUGCUGGUGGUGGUCAUCCGGGGUUUGAUGAUGCUUUUCUUGGACUCUGACCUUCGCACAGCGAUGGCAAGGAGCCACGAGACCUUUGAGGGGCGAGUUGUGUGGAUCACAGGUGAGGAACGAACCGCCACAAGAGAAUGGCACCUCCCCUGUGGCUCAAUGUGUGUUGAAUUUCAUUGAUCCAUUCAGGUGCGUCGAGCGGCAUUGGUCGGGCUAUGGCAACACAGCUGGCCAAGGCGGGAGCGCGGCUGAUCAUCUCAGGCCGCAAUGUCAGCGCCCUGAACGAGCUGCGGAGCCACCUGCUGACCCUGCAGCCGCGUGGGGCAGCACAGGAGGUCAUCCUCACCGGCAAGACCAUCGACGAGGCCGCCAAUGCCAACCCCACCCACGACCUCUCGCCCUCUUCCUACCAGUCGACCGCCGACACCGACAGCAAGCCGCCAUCGCCAUACGCCCGCAACGGCAGAGUCAGCACAGAGAGCUUCUCGUCUGUGGCGAGCGCUGACAGGCCUACGGAGCGGGUGGUGGUCCUGCCGUUUGAUCUGUCGUCCCUGGACACGCUGCCCGAGUUCAGCACCAGGGCAUUUGACACCUUCGGCCGCAUCGACAUGGUCUGCCUCAACGCUGGCGUCAGCCAGCGGUCGCUGGCCGAGCAGCUGCCCUUCUCGAGCGUGAGGCACAUGAUGAGUGUCGACUGCCUCUCGCCCAUCUGUAUCGUCAAGACGCUGUUGCCGCGGCUGCAGCAGCAGGGCGGGGCGAGGAUCCUCAUAUCCAACACCCUGCAGGCCAAGAUCGCCCUACCUGGGCGGUCCAGCUAUGGCGCGUCGAAAGCGGCCCUCAGAUCGUAGGACACACACACACACACACACACACGAACACUGCAGGGGAUUGAUGGGUGCGUGUGUGUAUCCGAUCAGUUGGUUUGACAGCCUGCGUGCCGAGCUAGAGGGUCAGAGGCUCGCCGACGGCAUCACUGACAAGGCCUCUCAGCUGCACGUCACCCAGUGCCUGUUGGGCUACGUCAACACGUCCCUCUCGCUCAACGCCAUCGGUGCAGGCGGCCAGCGGCACGCCGCUCACGACCCCACCACGUCAAAGGGCAUGAGUGCGGACCGGGCGGCGCAGCUGAUGCUGCGGGCGGCCGGGGCGCACGUCGAGGAGGCGUGGAUUGGCAAGAGGAAGGAGCUGUUGCAUCUAAAUCUGUGCCACUACGCCCCCGACUUGUUUGCAUGGGGGCUGCGGCGGCAGAAUCGGAAGAGGGUGCUCGAGCUGCGUGGGCACAAGAGGGAUUGACAAGGAUGGGCAGGGGGUGGGAGGGGGAUGGGGCGGUUGGUGGUGUUUUUGAGUCAGGUGAAGUGUACAGACAGACAGAUACACAGACAGAGGAUCCUUAUGGCUUUUUCUCCCUUCUUCUCCCUCCCUGGCUGGCUUUUUCAUCCGUCCACAGCCACCAGAUUAUCUCUCUCUACACUGUGCUGCACGUACCAAGUUUUGCCAUCCAUCCAUCCACUUGCUGACCGAUCACCCCAUGUAAUUCAUCUCAUCUCGACUUAUCAGGACGGCAUCAUGGUGUCCCGUGCCAAUUUUUGCGUCUCGUCUUGUGCUGUGGUGUAAUGGUACAUGGGUGCCAUACCAAUACACACAUACAUACAUUGUGCAGACAAAGGAGGGAGGGAUGAAGUGCAGUGACUGUGUGGGUGGAUGGAUGGAUGGGAUGGGUGGCCUCAUUGUGUGUGUGAGACGCAUACUCACUAACCUAAACAUCAUCGAAGACACGCCA